AUGCUCUCGGACGCCCUCCUCCUCCCCGACCCCGCCGCUCCCGGGCCCUCGCGCCAGCACCCCUCGCGCCCCCUCUCCGUCGCUGUCCACCCGUCAACCGCCGCUCCCGCCCACCAGCACCCUGCCUCCUCCAGGAAGCGCGCGUCCCACAACGUCGCCGCCGCAUCCACCCCCGACGAACAGCCCCUCUACCGCGACGUCUACUCCCACCCCGCCGCUGUCCAGUACGCCUCCUCCCACCCCAAACGCACCAUCCCCAAGUUCGGGCCCUACCUCCUCCUUCAGACCCUCGGCGAGGGCGAGUUUGGAAAGGUCAAGCUCGGCCUCCACAGCAACUGGGGCGAGGAGGUCGCCGUAAAACUCAUAAAGAAGCAAAACAUGGAGGUCGCAAUCCGCGCCAGCAAGGUCGAGCGCGAGAUCAACGUCCUCAAGAGGCUCAAGCACCCUAACAUCGUCCGCCUCUACGACGUCAUCGAGACAGACAAGUACAUCGGCAUCAUCCUCGACUACGCCUCGGGCGGCGAGCUCUUCGACCACAUCCUCGCCCACCGCUACCUCAAGGAAAAGGACGCCUGCAAGCUCUUCGCCCAGCUCGUCUCCGGCGUCGGCUACAUCCACUCCCAGAAGAUCGUCCACCGCGACCUCAAGCUCGAAAACCUCCUCCUCGACCGCAAUCGCAACGUCAUCAUCACAGACUUUGGCUUCGCCAACGACUUCCAGCACCACUCGGACGAUCUCAUGCAGACCUCGUGCGGUUCUCCCUGCUACGCCGCGCCCGAGCUCGUUAUCUCAGAGGGCGCUUACGUCGGCUCCGCCGUCGACAUCUGGUCCUGCGGCGUCAUCCUCUACGCCAUGCUCGCCGGCUACCUCCCCUUUGACGACGACCCCGCCAACCCGGACGGCGACAAUAUCAACCUCCUCUACAAGUACAUCGUCAACACCUCCCUCUCCUUCCCCGAGUACAUCUCC